AUGAUGAACUUGCUGUCGUCGACACGUCAAGUCCAACCGUCGACACGACCGCACUGCAACGUUCAGUCGUCGACACGUCCAGUCCGACCGUCGACACGUCCAGUCCGACCGUCGCCACGACCGCACCUCAACGUUCAGUCGUCGACACGUCCAGUCCGACCGUCGACACGUCCAGUCCGACCGUCGCCACGACCGCACCUCAACGUUAAGUCAAAAAAGGAACGUCCAGUCCGACCGUCGACACGUCCAGUCCGACCGUCGCCACGACAAAACCUCAACGUUCAGUCGUCGACACGUCCAGUCCGACCGUCGCCACGUCCAGUCCGACCGUCGCCACGACCGCACCUCAACGUUCAGUCGUCGACACGUCCAGUCCGACCGUCGACACGUUCAGUCGUCGACACGUCCAGUCCGACUGUCGCCACGACCAGAGCGACCGCACCUCAGCAUCACGUCGUCAACACGUUCAAUCCAAACUGUAGACAAGACUGCACCUCAUCUUCCCGUCAUCGACGUCCAGUUCGACCACACUUCAAUUACCUAACCUCAAAGCCAACCAACCGAGCGACGAUCAACUUAACUACUAACGGCUUUAUAAAAGAUUACCUGACCAGUCUACCCGAACUUGACAUUUCAUUCAGCAAAUCUUUUUCUGUUUUCUUUGUACCAAUAACGCACGUCGUUUUAACGAAAUAA